AUGGCUUCGAUUCCUGAUCACACUUUACCUUUUAAUGCUUUAGACGAUUAUAGUUUUAACCUUGCAAUUUACGAACUUCAACAUGGCCCGGUCCGUUAUGAUCCUGAAAGACUUUCCAGCCUAAAUUACGAUCCUUUAUUUUCAAGUCACAAUCUUUCCCUAACUCGUUCUGACGAUAUGGAUCCUGAUGUUAAUUUCUGCACAGGCGACGUCCACUGUGAUUACUACAUUGAAGACAAAUUUAACGAAAUGUUGAGAAAUGAUAAUUUAUGUGAUGAAGAUUUUUCGCUCCUACACCUAAAUAUUCGUAGUCUUCAACGUAAUCUAAACACCAUUUCUAUUCUUUUGACAUGCUUGAAUAUUAAGUUCUCUUUAAUUGGCGUUUCUGAGACUUGGCUAAACGAUUAUUCCACGGGGGGUGACAACUUUAACAAAGGCUGUUUGGGCAGUCCUAUGAAUAACUUUAUGUCCUCCCGGAGAUUUGGACGACCCUUCCGAAUUUUUCGGUGACAUUCCCCAUGUUUAAUGUUCAACUGCCCAAGAUUGUUUUAACAAUUGAAAUUUUAAUUAGAAAUUUUUUGCAGCUUCUUGUUAAUUAUGUAACUUGUUAAUUAUCUAACCUUAGACAAUUUUUCGUUUAGAGGAGUUGAACACUGAGGGUAUCAUGUUAACACAGAAAGACUGUCCAACUUUUUAAGUAUAUAAAAUCGUGGGUUUUUUUUAAUGACCGACCAAUCAGGCGAGCGAUAAAACAGGGGCCGGGCACUAGGGGCGUCUGGGGCAUGCUCCCCCAGAAAAUUUUGAAAUCUUGGUGCUCUGAAACGCCGUUUCUAGUGUUCUGAGAGGACAAAUUCUGUCCAAAAUGUUCUCUAAAUCAAUUGUCAUUUUUAUGCUUAUUUUUAAAAGCGUAGUCGAUUUUAUUUUAUAUUUUGUGCCGUUUUUGAAAUUGUUCUAGAUAUCACUUUCAGCUAAGUAUACUGAUAGUAUGUGCCUUGCACCGGCACGGUUCUUGUGUCAAUCCGCUGGGGAUUGCACGUAGUCAAUCGCACUCCAACUUCAUGCUACCUUCAGUUGGAAACGUUGCUGAUUGGUCUUUUCAUAUCAUGGGUAGUUAAGCUGUUUUCAAGUGUCAAAAUACAUAAAAUACAGCGUAUACACAUGUUGCAUAUCACUGUGCAUAUAUAUUGUUUGAUAACAUGUAAUAUCAAAUCUUUGCUCAUUGUCCCGAAAAUAUCUCAUAUUUCCCGAAAAACUUGCCAGGUUUCCCGAUUCCUGGCAAAAUCUUCAGAUUCCCGGAAUAAAUUUGUUUUUCUCCCGAAACAGCCGCCCUUGUCAGAGCUGUCAGCCUCCGUUAUCCCCAUUCAGUAGGCAUAGAUGGUUUCAAUUUUAUCCACAAACAUCGCCCAAAUAGAACUGGUGGUGGGGUUGGAUUAUAUAUUUCUGACAAUCUCGAUUUUAAAAUUCGCGCUGACUUGAGUUUUGACGAUAUUGAUGUUGCAGAAUCUUUGUUUAUUGAAAUAUCAAGACCCUAUGAGAAAAAUACUAUCGGUGGUGUUAUUUACAGGCCCCCUAAUCAGAGAGUUGGUGACUUUGUGUCAAAACACAAUAAUCUGUUAGCGAAAAUCUCUAGAGAGAACAAAAUGUGUUUUAUUAUGGGUGAUUUCAAUUUGAAUUUAAUUAACUUUCAACAUCACCAAAACACUGGCGAAUUCCUUGAU